UUCAUUCUUCUAUCUUCCUCCUGUCUUAGCAGAGCAGCGAAAUAAGCACAACCCAGAAACAGGGGAUAGAUAAAAAUGGAGAGACAGGAGCAUCAAAUCAAGUUGAACGUGUUAAAGGUCGAUUCUUUACAGACAUGGGAUUCUUAUAUCAGUCAGGCUCACCCUGUGAUUGCGCAUUUUACAGCUGCGUGGUGCAUGCCGUCGGUGGUGAUGACGCCUUUCUUCGAGGAGCUGGCUUCGACUUACCCAGAUGUCAUUUUCCUUGUUGUGGAUGUCGAUGAAGUUAAGGAUGUGGCUACUAAACUGGAGGUGAAGGCAAUGCCUACUUUUGUGUUGAUGAAGGAUGGGAAUCCAGCUGACAAGAUUGUGGGAGCCAAUCCGGAUGAGAUAAGGAAAAGGGUCGAUGGUUUCAUCCAAUCUUGUUCUUCUCCGGUUUGAAGUCCAAUGGCAAUUAUCUUUGUUUGUAAUGCAUGGGAUUUAUUUCGGUUAAAAAAGGAUGUCUUGCUAUAUAUGUUUUUAGCUUAGCUUGUGGUUUAGGUGUGGUUUGUAAUCUUUUCAUUUCACUUCCAUAAUUAUAAUCAAUGUAAAUUAUGUAAGAGUUUUUAUUUUUUAAUUUAUUAUUUUUUAUCAGCCGAUACGACUAAUUAAUUUUCUUAUUAAUUAUAACUAACUUUUUGACAAUAAGUUGCAAGUUUUAACUUGGUAAGUUGGAGAUAUUCUUUCAAAUAAAGUAACCAACAAGACACUGUAAUCCUGAUCAGUUUAUGACUAAAAGAAAAUUGUGUCAAUUUAUGAUUAUAACAUAGUCUAAGAGAUCAAACAACAAAAUGAAUAAAGUAAAAUUGAAAUU